AUGACAGAAACAAAGAUGCAAUUAGAAGAUUGGCUGGAUGACCUGUGUGUCCGUUUCAUUAUCAAUCUUCCCCGCGAAGAGCUCGAGUCGGUUGAGCGAAUAUGUUUUCAGGUCGAAGAGGCACAGUGGUUCUAUGAGGACUUCAUACGCCCAUUAGACCCUGCUUUGCCGUCCCUCAAUCUCAAGACUUUCGCCAUGCGCAUUUUCCAACACUGCCCACUGAUGUCGAAUUGGUCUCAUCAGCACCAUAUUGCGGCUUUCUCAGAAUUCCUUGCCUACAAGACUCGAGUUCCCGUCCGUGGCGCGAUCAUGUUGAACCAGGACAUGGAUGAAGUUGUGCUAGUAAAGGGCUGGAAGAAGGGAGCCAACUGGAGUUUUCCUCGUGGAAAAAUCAACAAGGGCGAGAAGGAUCUCGAUUGUGCCAUUCGUGAGGUAUAUGAAGAGACCGGGUUUGAUGUUCGGGCCGCCAAUCUGAUCAAGAAUGAUGACGACGUCAAGAACAUUGAAGUUACCAUGAGAGAACAACACAUGCAGCUUUUUGUGUUCCGAGGUGUUCCUCGUGAUACCUACUUCGAGCCUCGCACUCGCAAAGAGAUCAGCAAGAUCGAAUGGUACAAACUGGCAGACCUGCCCACGAUGAGAAAGAACAGGCAGCAAGAUGAGGGGUACGCGGCUGCAAAUGCGAACAAGUUCUACAUGGUGGCUCCUUUCUUGCACCCCUUGAAGAAGUGGAUCGCCCAGCAAAAGAAGCUGGAUCUCAAGGCACAACCUGCCGCCAAACAGGCGGCUAUUCUUGAGGGAUACACUUCUGUGGAAGAGAACGGCUAUGCAAAUGGUACUCCUGGGAUGUCUCUUGCAGAAGUGGCGAGGCCGAGUGAUCUUCCCGAGGUGGCCUCAUCUCAAGAUGCGUCGGAUCACCUCAAGCGCCUUUUGAAAAUCGGUGGCAUGCCAUCGCAAAUGCAAGAGCCUGUCUCCGAGCCAGGUCAGCAUCCUGCAGUUGAUGCAUCAAAAUCAGAUGCACUCCUCGCUUUGUUACUCCAAGGUAAAGCUCAGCAGGUCGCUCCCCAUGUUUCUCAUAAUGAUGCUACGCCGCUCCCACAUGUAGCACAGCCAAAUCUUCUGCAUACGGGCCAUCCCAUCGGGCCAAACUUUUUCCCGGGUUUCCCCCAACAGCAGCAGACUCCUCAUUUCCUCCCUGGCCAUGCCCACAUUGGCUUACAGUACCCUUCAAACGGGCCAUCAAUUCCUUCUCAAGCCGGAUUCUCCAACGUGCAACCAGAUGUUCUUGCUGCUCCUCCUAUGCCACACUUUUCUCAAACUCCUCCCGUGUCACAAUACCCCGUUCCCCAAGGCCAUAUGCCUGCACCUUUCCAGCGCACUGGUGAUCCUCAAUUCUCUGAAUCUGGCCCAGCCUCUCGAAGUCACGGUCCAGCUGUCCCACCAGCGAGCAAGUUACCUCCGCCCAAACUUACAACUCACUCAUUGGCACUCCUGAACGCUUUCAAAGUCCAGACCCCGAAAGGUCCGGGCCCGGCAACCUUGGCAGCUCCUGUGCAAGACUCUCCCCAUGUGCGCAAGACAUCUCAGCACCAGGAUGGUCUUUUGAACUUGUUGAAGGGACCCCAAAGCUUGGCCAGUUCUCAGCUAGUAGAGCUGUCAGGAAACCCGGUUGUGCCGUCUCCAGCACCUCCCAGCAAACAGAUUCUUCAGCGCCCGCAGAAUCACUACAAUUCACCAGCACAGUAUUCAAGUGCCCAACCUCACAGCCAUAUCACCCCUGGUCAAGUGUCAGCUACUGUUUAUGGGACUGCAGGCGCCUCACAGCCUGAGACUACCACCAAGCCGACCCACAAAUCGAACGGUGGAUCGAGUCGCAGAAACCCCGCGAGUAGAAGAGAACAGAACCCAACACCUCCAACCUCUUCACCGAUGACAAUUCUCUCGCGACCCCAGUCUGCCAAACGGGAGGUUCCACACCGGCCCCUCUCGCGCACAACGUCGAUUCCACCAGCCCAGGCCCCGCAGGCCCCUGAACCCGUCAAGAAUUUCCAGCCUCAAAUCUUACGUCGGUCUGAUAAAACUGGUUACGAAGAACUGAUGGCCGCGGCUCCUCAUUCAGAGACCCCUGAGCGGAAGCCGAGUCUGCCAGGUCCUCAGCACAGCCAGGGCUUGGCCCCGCAAGGAAACUUUGAUAGACGCCCCAGUCAAACUGCCGAGCAGAAGGCGUCACUUUUGUCCUUGUUCGCCAAGGGGGAUGGGCUUUCGUCUCCAAAGCCAGCUGGCUCCGCCCCGCUUGACUCGCGAGCGGCAUACCAACAGCCAAACGGACCUCCAGGUUUUGUCAGCCCUAUGUCAUCUCGCUACCAUCCUAAUAGCGGAGGGACAAUCUCUCGGCAUGGCACGCCAUCUGAUGGAGGCGCCCAGGCUCAUCACACUACCCAAGUUUCUUCCCCGAGCAACAAGGCGUUCUUGCUUGGAUUCUUGGAAGGAGUCGCAAAGGGAAACAAAUAG